AUGGAAUCCCACGCUCAAACGGCGGAGUCGUCUCAUAAACGGCGGCGGUCUCCCACCGCCGAUCACGGCAUGUCGAAAGUGCAAAAGACGCACUCAAACCACCUGCAAAUAAACUAUCUCGCCCGGCAAUACCCAGACAACCUACCGCUCGUCUCCGUCGAUGAUACUAUGCCUGCGAUUAUUCAUUUGCUUGGCGAGUACGACGGCGUUCUACACCGCCACGAGAGCAUCGCCGGAAAUUUGGGCGCAUGCCCGCUCGGUCCGAUUUUGAUCAAGCGCUUCGAGCGUCUAUUCGAUGGACCGCCGCAAGUGUUGAAAUCACAUGGCAAAGACGGACCUACGGUGACUUGGCUCGAUGUGGUCGAAUUCGCGAAGAAUAAGCCCGAGCAGUUCAAUCUGGAGAAGUCGCGCAACGGUGUGCGAGUCUGCCAGUUCUAUACCAAACAAUGUCGCGUGGAGAUCAGUGAAGAGGACUUCGUUUUGAUUGCUUCCGGCAUGCCACAGAAGAUGAUCCCGCCCCAGCCUAUCAUCGAGGAUGAAGAAAAGGAGCUGGGCGCGCUAGAGAUUCUUGAGAAGAACUUGCAUCACAUUAUUCAGAUGGCCGAUCAAGCCUCUGCUCGAGCGAGACAGCUUAACCAUCGAUUGAAGAAUCGCCGCAAUGCUAUCGUCACUCGCCGAGAGAACGAUGCUUCUCUACAUGCGCAAUCUCGAAACGUCACCGAAAUCUGGCGCGAUACCAACAGCAGCGGCCCAGGAAACGGCCAGGGAUCAUCUCACCCUUCUCCGUCUGGUUUCGUCGCUGUCAACUCUCAUCGGCCUGAAGGCGAGCACACCGAGGAGAACCCUCUAUCAUCCCAAUUCAUGUUCUCACACACCAACACCGAUAAUGUCACCAUGAUCAACGGGCAAUCGAUCAAAGGUGCUUCCCCAACCACUCGUGCAGACUUGAUGAAGAGGUUUUUCACAACGGCUGAUCGUCAUGCCCGUGGCUAUGACGACGCAACAGCCCCAGUCAACCCCCAACCCCUCCCUCGGCCUCGUGCCUCCGACCCAGCAGAUUACAGUCUCUACAACCCCACGACGGCAACCCCAGUUGCCAUCCCAAGCACCCCAUCAUCCCUUCUCCCGCCGCCAAAAUCAAUGCACCAGGAAAAAGAUGAUGGAGGCCCCUUCAAGCUAGAAAUGAUAGCCCGCAUGGAAGAGCUCCAGCGUGGUGAACGCGUAAUCCCCCCUUGCGAUCGCUGCCGCCGCCUCCACAUGGACUGCCUCAAGAACCUCACAGCCUGCGUUGGUUGCACGAAGAAACACGCCAAGUGCUCCUGGCGUGACGUGAAAGAAGACGAAGUCACCGCAAUGCGAGCAGGGACCACAACCUCAACGGCAUCCCACGAGCGCCUGGAAAAUGACCGCUCCAGCGCAAAUCUCACCCCAACCCAGUUCGGCAUGGGUCCACUGCCCCCGAUCUCCGCCGAGCGUGAACGUCCCCGAGAACCACCCUUUGAGCCAGAGCACCGCGCCUACUACUAUCAACAUCAAAAUCGACGCGAGUCGGCCCCCUCCGCCCCGAACUUGGCUCCUGGAUCGGCAGUUCCGAUGGAACUUCCUUCAAAUGAUAACUCCCCUCGACGGGCAAUGAGUGAGACGGAAAAUAAUGGUCGCCCUCCUGUCCCCGCUGGUCGUGUCUUGGAUCGCAUUGAAGACGAGGAUCCCGAUGCCAACCAGCGACUCAGACAGGCUAUUUUAGAUACCGUGGAUCAUCACACGCGUGUCGCUGCGGCUGUUCAGGAGAGGGAGCGUGGUGCGGAGCGUGGUGCAGAGCGUGGUGCAGAGCGUGCUGGGGAGCGUGCAGGUGUGAUUCUUCCUGCUCCCAACCCAACUCCGGCUUCUGGCGCAGGUCAUGACCGAGAGCGUGAACGUGAACGGGAGGCUGAUCGUGAUCGUGAUCGACGUAUGGUACAUGCGUAA